CGCGGAAGAGCGGCUUGGGCUUCGACAUCGUCUGUUGCAUGUGGGAAGCCAUAGACGGGGAUGAAGUGUGCGAGAAACAUGCCAACAGACCCUACGCCUCAUGAAGAGAAUGGGUGGAGGAGCAAGAAGAUAUAAAAGGGGACGAGAUUUCUCGCUGGAUGUCAAAAUUCCCCAUCGUCGGCAGUAGCGAUAACAACAGGAACAGCUCCAGAAGAUCAAAUCUUAUUGGCUUUGCGACUAAAUCGAAUCAUUUCAUCAUGGUGUCUUUUUCAAAGCUCGUUGUCGUUGGGAUGGCUGCCGCUGCGGUGGCACAUCCAGGCCAUGAAGACAUCGGAUCAAAUGUGGCAUUGAAGAGGAGUUUUCUCCGUCAUUCUCGAAACAGUCUUUCCAAGUGCGCUGAGAAGGCCGAGUUCCGUGCAAUGCAGGCUCGCGCCGCUUCUCGUCGCCGGGACCUCGCAAGCAAAUACUCCACGAGGAGUGCUGACGCGGGCUACCUCAAGGCUCGAGAUCUGACCACAGUCAUCAACACUUCCCAUCUCUCCAACUUCACGGGUGUGACAGCAUCCUCAUCCGACGAUGUCUUCUUUUCGGAUGAUGUACCCUGCAUUCUCUCGCCCGAGGGCGAAGUAGGCCCGUUCUGGGUCAAGGGUGAGUACAUCCGUUCGGACGUGACCGACGACGAGCCUGGGGUCUCAGUUGUGAUGGAUGCGCAGUUCGUCGACAUCGACACCUGUGAGCCGAUCGAGAACCUCUACUUUGACGUGUGGAACUGCAACUCCACUGGAGUCUAUUCCGGGGUUCAGGACAGCAGCAAUGGCAACGGCAAUGACGCCAGCAACCUGGAUAACACGGCACUGCGCGGCCUCCAGCCCACUGACUCGGACGGGGUGGCGCAGUUUACGACUAUCUUCCCUGGUCACUACAACGGGCGCGCCACGCAUGUGCAUGUCAUUGCUCACAUUGGCGCCACAGUCCUCUCCAAUGGCACGCUGACUGGGGGAAAUAUUGCUCACAUCGGCCAGCUGUUCUACGACCAGGAUCUUAUCACGCAGGUCGAGGUGUUGUCUCCAUAUAGUGAGAACACUGCAGCCAUCACCCUCAAUGCCAAUGAUCGGGUCUUGGCUGCCGAGACGGCGAACAGCGAUUCUGAUCCGGUGCUCGAGUACGUCCUUCUCGGUGACACUGUGGAGGACGGUCUUUUCUCGUGGAUUACCAUCGGCAUCGACACGUCUGCAAGCUAUAGCGCAAGCUACGCCGCCAGCCUGACUUCUUCUGGUGGUGUUUCCAACUCCAACAGCGGUGGUGGCAGCAGUGGUAGUGGAGGUACCGGGGGCGAUGGUGGCAGCGGUGGCAACGGCGGUAAUGGAGGUGGCGGUGCCAGUGGGCCUCACUGAGGUCGUUUACCCAAGCCCAGCCGCCGAUCACAGCAAGAGAAUGCGGAACAAGCAGUCGGCAUUUACUGUCUCAGGCAUAAACCUUUGUUGUCAACCUUUCACACCAUUUUUACGCAUUCGCUCAUUAUUUAUAGUUCAUUCCUAUCUGUGUCUCGUGUCAUCCUCUCAUGUCAAUUUAUUUUGCCCCCCGUCACGAGCUCAAAUGUGAAAAUAGCUUGGCU